GUAACAAGUUGGUCUGGGAUUUGACACUUAGAUAAAACUCUUGUCCACGUUACAUUAUUAUGUAAGAAAUCAGUUCAAAUUCACAUCGUAUUACUACAAAACGUUUUCAUCUCUGCAACUUCAGAGGAGUGGAGGAAAAACUUGCUUCUUUCGAGACAAAUAUGUCUGCUGAGCUCUACUGUGUGAGUGAACCAGGUGGAAAUAAUGCAAGUCUUCAAAGCACCACAGUGGGGGGCAGCAAACCUUUACACCGCUUCUUGAAGGGGCAACCCAAGAUUAUUGGCAUCAUCGUGCUGGUCAUGGGCUCGUCUUUCUUCAUCGUUUCCCUAGCGAUCAUACCAGACUACUUUAGUUCAUUCUUAUGGACAGCCAUCCAGCCUGGCUUCGCAAUGGGAACACUGUUCAUCAUAUCUGGGAUUGUGUAUAUUCUGACAGAGCACAGCCCAACAAAGAAAACAGUAACCAUUUCGUUGGCUCUGAGUAUUGUGACCAUACUGGGGACAUGUUGGACUCUCCUGGGCAUAUUGCCCGCCAUAGUUAGAUACAGCUACCACAGCACGUCAUAUCAGGACAUGGAAAUGUCUAUGGAUCUGAUCUUCCUGGUUCACACUAUUGUGGGAGUAAUUAUUUUCAUUGUAAUGUCAUGUCUGGCCGGGGCUGCCCUGCGUUCCACCAAGAGCCAGGCCAUUGUAGUGAUGACUACUACACCGGCUGAAACACCAGUUGAAUAACAAGCACAAGAGGAAGAUCUAAAGUGUGAUAAAUUGAGCAGAGUGAAGAAAUAUAAAGCAAACAUAGCCUAACAUAUAUCAUUUCUAACUACUGACCACUGGUAACUAGCAUUUUUUGAUGUUGUAUAUCAAUUCAAUACAGAUAAUAUGAAUAUAACUAUA